AAACUCUACGCGUAAGUAAUAGAUGGCUCAACGUGUAUUUUUAGCAGACAACAUAAUCAAGUUAUCCUUUAAUUUUGAGAGUGAUUCUCACAUCUUCUUCCUGAUUCUCUUCGCUCACAAAUCUAGUUCUUGUGAUCUAUUGUGGCUACGUUCUACUUUUGUUAUGCAGUAGCACUUAAACCAGAAGGUAAAUUUUCUAAUCUCUGUUUAUCUAUUUAUAGAUAUUGUACGUUUUUACGUGGGGUUUUCUAAAAAAUGUAAGCGUACAUACUAUGUGCAGCUUUUGGGCUAUUCCAUAUGUGGAUUUUUUUACAUUCGGUAAUGUAAAUAUGUACGUGACAUUUCCCAUUUAGGAAGUAGACGAGUGAAAUGUCGAGUAAAAACCAUAAAAUUGACAACUCGAAAAAAAUACAUGUUGACAAGAAGACUAGGCAACACAAAUUAUACAGAAUGAUGCAAGACGAUAAAAGGAGGCUCUCCUAGCGCGAGCACGAGCAAAUAAAGCUGAAACAAGCGGCCGGUAACAUCCUGCUUGAUCGCUAAUUAAGAGCUCCGCUAACGCAUCAUUUUCUAUAGGUGCUAAUAUUUCAAGCGAGCAAUAUCUUCCUUUUGUGGGACAUUCAAUAUAUGAAACAGGUUAGAGAGCUAAAUUGUCAUUUUUUGAUGGUACAUGCAAUUAUAAAUACAUGUAUGCAUUUAUAACUAUUAAAUUAUAUGCUUACACUUAUUAUUGUUGUAUCUUAGGAUCUACAUCUAAUACAAAUCAUGAACAAUAUAUUAAAGAGACAACAACAAUCCAAACAUCAACUGAUUAUGUUAUGUUAAACACAAUUCCAAAAUGCAAAUUUUGCGGAGCCAAAAAAUUUGAAUACAAACCACCGGCAUUCUGUUGUCGUAAAGGCACUGUUAAGCUAAUUUCACAUCAAGUACCACAAGAGUUAAGAAAUUUAUAUUUAGGAAAUACUGAAGAAUCAAAGCAUUUUCGAACCUACAUAAGAACAUACAAUAAUAUAUUUGUGUCCACAUCUCUGGGAGUAAGCUAUGACAAAGAGUUGGCAAAGAGGAAUAAAGGUAUUUACACGUUUCGAGUUCAGGGACAAAUGUAUCAUUUCAUAAAUGACUUGAUACCAAGUAAUGAAAAAGGAAAAAAUCUUCAAUUAUAUUUCUAUGAUAAUAAAAAUGAAGUGAGCAAUCGAAUGGCAUGUUCCAAUAAAUUGAACGAGUGUACUGUGAAAAAUUUAAUGGAAAUAUUAAAAAUCAAUCCUUACUCUACGUUUUUGAAAUCCUUAAUAAAUAUCCCCCAAUUAUCAGAUUUCUACAUUGUGCUUAAGUGUGAUGUUGGUCUAGAUCAACGAAUAUACAAUCUACCAACUACAUCGGAUGUGGAAGGAAUAUGGGUAGAACAAGAUACCAAUAAUUGUAUCCCUACUCAACAUAUCCGAAUAUAUACAAAAAGUGAUAGAAGCCAGCUGGUAAACUAUUACUACGGAUGUUAUGACCCAUUGUAAUAUCCAUUAUUGUUCCCCUACGAGCAAAAUGGUUGGCAUUGUGGUAUUCGAAAACUUAAGCCUUCAGCUACCUCUUCUAGAACACAUCUGUAUUGUGAAUACGAAGAAUUGCCAAGUGUAACCAAUAUGACUUCAAUUGAUGGAUUGCUUGACAUGGAAGCUGAAGUGAUGCAAAAAGGCAAACGAAAAAGAGAUACCGUUUCUUACCGUGAAUACUAUUGUUAUCAACUCAAAAUUAGAGAUGAUGAAAAUAUAAUCUUACAUUUAGGAAGAUUAUUACAACAAUAUGUUGUAGCCGAAUGGAUAAAAGUUGAAACUCAAAGAUUAGAUUUCGCUUUUUUCAAUCAAGACUUGUUCAGAAUGGACGUAUUAGCUGGACUUUUAGAUCUUUUACGUCGCGGUGAGAGAGAAGGCUCACAAGUAGGUAAAAAUAGAAUACUUCCACUUAGCUUUACAGGAGGACCAAGAGAUAUGCAUCGUCGAUAUAUGGAUGCUAUUGCAUUAGUACAACGUUUUGGAAUACCCGAUAUAUUUCUAACUAUGACAUGCAACCCUUGUUGGCCUGAAAUUCAAGAAAACUUAUUAUCGACAGAUAAGGCCCAAAAUAGACCCGAUUUAGUUAGCCGAAUAUUUCAAGCAAAACUAGAAGAACUUAAAAAAGAUAUACUAAAAAGACAAAUAUUUGGUAAAGUUGCUGCAUUUAUGUACACAAUAGAAUUCCAAAAACGGGGACUUCCGCAUGCUCAUUUUCUUAUUAUACUCGAUGAAAAAUACAAAAUAUUGACUCCAGAAGCGUAUGAUCAAUUUGUUUGUGCUGAAUUACCAGAUCCUAAGAGAAACUCUGCUUUAUUUAAGCUUGUUACACAACACAUGCUACAUGGUCCUUGCGGUCAAUUAAACCCAGCAAGUCCCAGUAUGAAGAAAAAAACGGUCAAUGUAAAUUCAAGUUUCCAAAAGAGUUUGCUGAACAGAUAACUAAAGAAAAAAUUUCAUAUCCUAUUUAUAGAAGACGAAACACGGGAAAAUGUGUGGAGAUUAGAGGAUAAUUUUUUGAUAAUUCAUGGAUUGUUUCCUACAAUCCAUUCUUACUUAGUAAAUUUAUUUGCCAAUAAAUGUGGAGAUUUGCUAUGAUAUUAAAGUUGUUAAGUACAUUUACAAAUAUAUUUGCAAAAGACAUGAUAAAAUUGCAUUUCACGUACAUCCUAACGAUGUGAACGUAGAAGUAGAUGAAAUAAAGGAAUAUCAAUCUGCUAGAUGGUGACACCACCUGAGGCUGCGUGGCGCAUAUUCGCUUUUC